AGGGCGGCGGCGGGCGGCGAUGGGCCGCGGCAGGGACUUGCUCGUCGGUCUCCUGGCUGCUGUGUGGCUACUGUGUUCUGGCAACGGCGAGGAGCGGCAGCGGGGGACUGCAGCGCAGCGCUGCUUCUGCCAGGUUAGUGGUUACCUGGAUGAUUGUACCUGUGAUGUUGAGACCAUCGAUAAAUUUAAUAACUACAGACUUUUCCCAAGACUACAAAAACUUCUUGAAAGUGACUACUUUAGAUAUUACAAGGUAAACCUGAAGAAGCCAUGUCCUUUCUGGAAUGACAUCAACCAAUGUGGGAGAAGAGACUGUGCUGUCAAACCCUGUCAUUCUGAUGAAGUUCCUGAUGGAAUUAAGUCAGCAAGCUACAAGUAUUCUGAAGAAGCCAAUAACCUCAUUGAAGAAUGUGAACAAGCUGAGCGGCUUGGAGCAGUGGACGAAUCUCUAAGUGAGGAAACCCAGAAGGCUGUUCUUCAGUGGACCAAGCAUGACGAUUCUUCAGACAGCUUCUGUGAAGUUGAUGAUAUACAGUCCCCUGAUGCUGAGUAUGUGGAUUUACUCCUUAACCCUGAGCGCUACACAGGCUACAAGGGGCCCGAUGCUUGGAGGAUAUGGAGUGUUAUCUAUGAAGAAAACUGUUUUAAGCCACAGACAAUUCAAAGGCCUUUAAAUCCUUUGGCUUCUGGUCAAGGAAAAAGUAAAGAGAACACUUUUUACAGCUGGCUAGAAGGCCUCUGUGUAGAAAAGAGAGCAUUCUACAGGCUUAUAUCUGGUCUACAUGCAAGCAUUAAUGUGCAUUUGAGUGCACGGUAUCUUUUACAAGAUACUUGGCUGGAAAAGAAGUGGGGCCAUAAUAUCACCGAGUUUCAGCAGCGCUUUGAUGGGAUUUUGACUGAAGGAGAAGGUCCCAGGAGGCUAAAGAACUUGUACUUCCUCUACUUGAUAGAAUUAAGGGCUCUAUCUAAAGUGCUUCCAUUUUUUGAGCGUCCAGAUUUUCAGCUUUUCACAGGAAAUAAAGUUCAGGAUGCAGAAAACAAAGUGUUACUUCUGGAGAUCCUUCAUGAAAUCAAGUCAUUUCCUUUGCAUUUUGAUGAGAAUUCUUUUUUUGCUGGGGAUAAAAAUGAAGCACAGAAACUAAAGGAGGACUUCCGACUACAUUUUAGAAACAUUUCGAGAAUCAUGGAUUGUGUUGGUUGUUUUAAGUGUCGACUCUGGGGAAAGCUCCAGACUCAAGGUUUGGGUACUGCUCUGAAGAUCUUGUUUUCUGAGAAACUGAUAGCAAAUAUGCCAGAGAGUGGACCAAGUUAUGAAUUCCAGCUAACCCGACAGGAAAUAGUAUCACUGUUUAAUGCAUUUGGAAGGAUUUCUACAAGUGUGAGAGAAUUAGAGAACUUCAGGCACUUGUUACAGGAUGUUCACUGAAGAGGACAGGUUGAAAUGUGCCUGUUUCUGGACAGGGGAGGCCAAAGAGUGGAAUCUCUCCUUGUAGCAUGACUGCAACAGCCAUCUUAAGCCAAACAUUUCUAUAAAGCUGCUUUUGUAAAAGGAGAAAUACACUGUUUUAAGUAAACAACAUUUUUAAAAAUUGUGUUUACGUUUAAUAUUAUUGUGAAUAAAAGAAGUAUUUUGAUAAUGUACAGAUUUUAAUACUAGGCAAAGGUAAGAUCACCAAACUCCCAUAUGAUAAUGCUAGGUGAAUGAUGUCCUAAGCCUCUCAAACUAGAGUUGUAUUUAAGAAGAUGUGAUAAAAAUAAAUCUAAGGUAACUGUGACAAGUGUUUGAUGGUAAAAGUGUUUGAUGACCUAAGGUCAACAGCCUAGAACAUCAAUGCAUUUUCAUUUGCCUCAUUUGCAAAGAAAAUACAGAACUCCCAGUUAGAUUUGAAUUUUAGAUAAGCAACUAGUUUUCUUUUAAGUGUAAGUAUGUUGUAUGCCGUAUUAGGGCUCUAUUUAUACUAAAAGUAAUUAAUCUGUUUUAAGUUCAGGUUUAACUGGGAGGCCUGUGUUUUCUUGCCUACCUUAAAAUACACUGGUAUGCAACAUUCCUUUUAGAGUUAUAUAGCUAUUUUGAUUGUGCUGUUUUGGUAUGUAGGGAGGUAGAACAACUCAAAGGCACAGGGGAUUUCUAAACACUGUAGAAAGAUGAAUAGAUUAUAUAUUUAUUCUCAUAAUGCUUCACCUAACAGUAAAAUUUUGGGGAAAAUUUUAUUUUUAUAUAAUUUCAGAUUUACAGAAAAGUUUCAAAAACAGUAUAAAAAAAUCUGUUUUACCUAAAUUCAUUGAUUGUUCACCUGUGUUGUAAUGUCUUACCCUAUCCCACACUGGGGAUUGAGCCCAGGACCCCAGGUUUGGUAGGCUAGUCCUGCACCCCUGAGCUGUGUUCUCAGGCCUUGCUUUAUCUUCUGUGUAGACGUAGAUAUCCUAUUUUUAUUUAUUGUUUGACAAGUAGUCAUGGGCAUCAUGCUUUAACCCAAAAUACUUCAGUGUGAUGUUCAGGAAUUUCCAAAAAAUGAUUUUUUUUUUUUUAAAGGGUAAAACCAAACCUUACAAAUCUGAGCUAAACAACUGUAAGUCUUAAAAUAAGGAAACAUCUCUCAUCCUAAAGUUUGAGUUUUGUUCCCUUUUUUGACCCAUGUCAAAAAAAAAAGGUAUACAAUUCAUGUUUUUUAUACAUGAAACUGAUUUCUUUUGCUUCCAUCAUAAAGUGGGACUAUAACUUAGAUGGGUUUUCAUUAGUGAAAGUUUUUCACUGAGAACAAUAUUUGAAGUGGCUUAAGAAUUUAGAUCACAUGGCAAUUAUAAAUUCUGUAUACCCCAAAAUUAUGCCCCCGUUAUAUAUAAUGUAUGAGCAGUUAGGAUAGGUUGAAAUGUCACAUAAGAAGAGCAAGAUUUAUAUAUGUAAUGGUUUGAAAUGACAUUUUACACUGCUGUGUAUCUUGUCUGUUCCUAAGACUUGGUCCAGUGCCAAGCAUAUAGUUGGUGUCUAGUAUUUUUUGAUUGAAUAUGUAAGUAUGUAUUUAGUAUACUCUAAGUGAAUGAUCAUAUAACUUAUGUUUAACAAUGUGUCCGAUUUUCCUUUUUCUUAUUGUUUCCCCUUUUGAAUAGGAUAGCAAAUGAAAGACAUCAACCCAUUAAUUAAGUCCGUUUUUUGGGGGACGCAUAGUACUAAAUGAUCACCAUAUACAAGGGUAUUUCAGCAGCCACUGUUUGAAAACCUCACUGCUUUCACAUGCUGCCUCCCAUUUGAUUGACCCUGUGUCCUCUGUCCCUCCAAAUGAGGUCUAACAGCUUAAUUUUAAGUCUAUAGUUUGUAAGGAUUCAGGCACUAUGCUUGCCUGCUCUGUCACUUGGCAGAAUGCACUCAGGUGGUACCCUGGUCAGCCCAGGUGCAAAGGAUCCCUUUAAAAGAAAGACCUCCGUCCACCUCCACUCUCUUUCCCGCUUGCUUUCUCUUUCCCACUGUUCCCCUGGGGCAGACAGGACUUAUCCUGUUCCCCUCCUAUUUUUUGUUCUGUGUCUCUUUGCCUCUUUUCUCUUUCCUCCUCCCUCCUAUCUCCCUUUCUAAUAAAACUUCUCACUAAGCUCUAUUUGCCUGGCAUGUUUGUCCCUCUGCUUCAGUCACCCUCACCUGCCAUGGGAUCCAACAAGGUCCCCCUCACGCUUUGUCCUAGCACAGUUAUCAAGCUGUUUCCUAAUUUGAACUUUUCCCUGCACUUGACACUCCUGACAAUCCCUUCCUUGAAGCCCCUAUGCCUAUGUGUCCUUGCCUUUCCUCUGGUCUCCUCAUUUAACCUAAAUGUUAAUCCUCAGACUUCUUAUAUUCAGUCACUGUGCUUCAUUCUUGGGUCAUUUCCAUCCAGUGAUGUUCAAAGAUUUUUAGCUCAGACUUCCAGUCCCUUUGCCUGCUGCACUUGCUUCUCUGUACCGAGUCUCCUUACUUGGUUAAUUUCAGAACCAUUGUUCAGUACAAGGUUUUACAGUUCAUUCCUCUUCCUCCUAACUAUUGGUGUCUGAGUUCUGCAGAUUUUACUCCGACCUUUCUGAUCUAUCAUUCUCUUUCAUUUUUGUUACUGUUACCUAAAGGACUGCCUAAGUUCAUUUCCUCAUCUAUGUUGGUCCAUAUUACCAGAUUUGGUUUUCUAGAAGCAUUCAGCCUAACACUCAUGGGCAAUUUUAUGAGCUUGCUAGUGAAAGCCUUUACUUGGUGUCUAAGAUCCUCCUCUUGUCUUUGCCACUCUGUUCUGUUAAAAGAGUGUUAAACGUUUUUCAAAAGUUCAGAGCUGGAUCUCCCUCCAAACCUUGCUAGACACCAUAUUUGCAUUGAGAGACCCAGGCUUCUCCCCCAUCUUGGAAAUUCCAUGCAAUCUUGAAAUUCUGUCUUUGAAUUACACCUGUCUCCUUCCUAUGUCACCACUGUAAUUGCAACCUACCUCUACUGAAUCACUUAUUGUACUGUAUGUUUUAUUUUUUUUAAGUGUCUUUUAUUAGAAUGUGAGCUCCUUAGGGGCAGGAAAAGAAACUUAAUUUUGGCAUUUCUAUAGCAUAAUGUUUGGCUUUAUGAGCAUUUAAUAAGUGUUUGUUGAAUUAAUUGCUUCACAGUGACAGCUGUACCUCACUGCAAGGUACAGCAAGGAUCAGUAGACUUCAGGGUGGGCAAUAAAGAUGAAAACAAUUUAAA